AGGGUUCAUUAUUGAUCCAUAGUGUUAUUUCUACAGCGGUCAUUGGCGUUUACAAGGCUCAUAAAUGUAGUUCAUGUACAUUUGAACAGGCCAUAGUCAACUUUAUUCAUCUAAAAUGUCACUUUUAAUCUGAGGUUGGUGAAAAUAAUGAGGGGACAGUAUCUUCAAACCAGGAUCCACAGCAGCUGAUGAGUCAAACAGUCCAAACCCUGACUGUAUUUAUGACACAACUGGUCUGUGUGACUGAGAAAAACUGGUUUGUCUUCUGUGUUGUAACAAACACAGCAGUUCCACUCUGUCCUCACAUGACCUCCACUCCUCCCCUGUAGAUCUGACAGUUUACAGGUGGGCGGAGCCAACAUGAGGUGGAUCCAGACAGCAGACAGGAAACACUGCCCAUGUUGAACAGAUCAGAACUCAAACUGCUUUCGCUCAAAGUGAAACUUAACCAGUCGUUGAGACACGGAGUAGAAAUGGAGCAGAAAGGAGUUCAGCUGGAUCAGGAGACAUUUUCCUGUUCAAUCUGUUUGGAUCUACUGAGGGAUCCGGUGGCUAUUCCCUGUGGACACAGCUACUGUAUGAGCUGUAUUCAAACCCACUGGGACGGAGAGGACGGGAAGAACCUCCACAGCUGCCCUCAGUGCAGACAGACCUUCACACCCAGGCCUGUCCUGGUCAAAAACACCAUGUUGGCAGUUUUAGUGGAACAGUUGAAGAAGACUGGACUUGAACCUGCUGCUGCUGACCACUGCUACGCUGGAGCUGAAGAUGUGGUCUGUGAUUUCUGCACUGGGAGGAAACUGAAAGCUGUCAAGUCCUGUCUGGUGUGUUUGGUCUCCUACUGCCACAAACACCUUCAGCCUCAUUAUGAUGUACCUCAGUUCAAGAAACACAAGCUGGUGGAUCCAUCAGAGAAGCUCCAGGAGAACGUCUGCUCUCGUCAUGAUGAGGUGAUGACGAUGUUCUGCCGCACUGAUGGUCAGUGUAUCUGUUAUCUGUGCCCUGUGGAUGAACAUAAAGGCCACGACACAGUCUCAUCUGCAGCAGAAAGGACUGAGAGGCAGACAGAGCUGGAGGUGAGUCGACAGAAAAUCCAGCAGAGAAUCAAAGACAAACAGAAAGAUGUGAAGGUGCUUCAACAGGAGGCGGAGGACAUCAGUCGCUGUGCUGACGAAGCAGUGGAGAAGAACAACAAGAUCCUGACCGAGCUGAUCCGACUCCUGGAGGAAAGAAGGCGUGAUGUGGAGCGGCAGAUCAGAUCCAAAGAGGAAACUGAAGUGAGUCGAGUCAAAGAGCUGGAGUCGAAGCUGGAGCAGGAGAUCACUGAGCUGAGGAGGAAAGACGCUGAGAUGGACAAACUGUCACACACACACAACCACAACCAGUUUUUACUCCAGUAUCCAUCAGUGUCCAAACUCAGAGAAGAUCCAGACUCAUCCCACGUCCACGUCCAUGUCCGUCCUCUGAGUUACUUUGAGGAUGUGACCACAGCUGUGUCAGAGCUCAGAGAUAAACUCCAGCUCAGUCUGACAGAGGAAUGGACCAACAUCUCACUGAGCAUCACUCAAACACAGGUUCUACUAGAACCGGAACCACAGACCAGAGCAAGAUUCUUACAAUACUCACGUCAAAUCACACUGGAUCCAAACACAGUGAGUGAACAUCUGUCACUGUCUGAGGAGAAUAAAAGAGGAACACGUAUGAGUCAAAAACAGAAUUAUCCUGAUCAUCCAGACAGGUUCAGUCACUGGCCUCAGGUCCUGAGCAGAGAGGGUCUGACUGGUCGAUGUUACUGGGAGGUGGAGUGGAGAGGCGGGGGUGUUAUGGUCGCAGUUGCAUAUAAGGAUACUGAGAGAAAAAUAAACUCUAAAGAAUGUGAAUUUGGAAACAAUGACAAAUCUUGGGCUUUAGAUUCAAACUAUAACUCUCCUGAAUUUCUUCAUAACCGUGUCCAGUCUUCUGUCCCAGGUCCAGUUUCCUCCAGAAUCGGAGUGUACCUGGAUCACACAGAGGGUAUUCUGUCCUUCUACAGCGUCUCUGAAACCAUGACUCUGAUCCACAGAGUCCAGACCACAUUCACUCAACCUCUGUACGCUGGACUUUAUAUUUAUAAAGGAUCCACUGCCCACUUUCCUAAACUCCAUUAAACUCAUCGUUGACUUUGAUCCAGUUGAUCAGAUCAAUCUUUUCGUAUCUAUCUCUAAAUCACACAACACAAAAACAGAUCAACUUUUUUUUCUUCCUGAACUCACAAUCCAGAUUUGGUCCCAUUCAGACUUUUUUUGUGAGGAUUCUAAAAGUCAAGUGUAUGUGACUAUCAACCACCAGUAGUCUGUUUGUAGAACCAUCUGUGACGUUCACAGAGCUGUCGUUAACUGAGGAGAGCACAACAGACUUUCAUGGUGUCUGUGCUUUGGAGGAAGUCAAACAAAGUGGAGCUGUUUUUCUACUUUGGAGAAGUUGAGUUCAAAUCCACUGUUCUUUCCUGUUUCCUACAGAAGAAGCGUGGACUGACCAGGCUCAGUCAUGUGACUGGAAUGGGUUUCAGAUAAUAGUGGAACCUGACUGGUUCAGUUCCAAAUACGUGGACAUGGAUUUGGAGACAAUGAUUGCAGUGGAGAUCAUGAACUAACUCAGGCUGAGGCUGAGUUCAUGCAUGGAAACCUGUUCAUCUGAUUGAGUUCAUUCUGUUCCAUCUGAGCAUGUGCAAGAAAAUAGAAAUGAGAGAAAACAGAAGUGAUUUAGUCAAACAUGAGCUGAAGACCAGAACAGGAAGUUAGAUUCUAUCAUCACUACAUAUGUACAAACCCCCAAAGAAGUAAGUAAGAAAGACAACAGCGAUGCAGAUCCUCUGUGAAGGAGGAGGCCUGUCUGAUGGAGCCGUUCAUCCAUCGGUGGUCGUUUUCCACCAGAACCAGUAGAUCCAGAGAACUCAGCUGCUCGCUCCAGGC